AUGGAUCUGCACGUGAAGCUAUACUAUCUCCGCGACUCGCCGUUGCUCAGGACUCAGAAGCCUUAUAUGGUUGGCCCAGGCUUCUUGAAAACUAUCCCGACGUGCAAUUACCGCCUCGCGCCUGGGCCAGAGCAAUUGAUCGAAGACGUGCGUGGUUCUACGGAGGAGUUUACUUUGGCGAAGCAGGGCUUCACCUUCCGAUCCUGGUCUCCAUCCGAGAUUGACUGGACCGAUGAGAACCAGAUCGUGAACACCUAUCUUUCAGAAGCACAGGAAUUGGUCCGGCAAGAGCUGAAUCUAGGGGAGGAUUUCGUCCGGUCCGAAGUGUUUGACUGGCGGAUUCGAAACACCGACUCUCCCGAACGUAUCAAAAAUAUCGAAGGUGGCCGGAUGACUAAAAUCAGGCCCGCCGAUGUGGUACAUAUAGAUCAAAGCUCGGCAGGGGCUUUCGACCGUCUUAACCACUUAUUGCCCAAGGAGGAAGUUGACGAGCUGACGGCAAGAUAUCGAGUGCAGAUCUUCAACGUCUGGCGUCCUGUCAAAGGGGUGGUCGAACAGUGGCCCCUGACUAUCUGUGAUGCGCGAACUGCAACAAUGGAUGAUCUCGAUGAGAUGGAGUACAUCACUGAGGAGUUCGUCCGAAGCAGCUACCUGGCCAAGUUCAAUGAGCGACACCGCUUCUACUAUAUGAGUAAAAUGACCAACCAGGAUGUCUGUAUUUUCAAAAUUUUUGAUUCGGCAUAUCAUACUGCUGGUGAAACUGUGGGAUGUCCGCAUACCGCAUUCAAAAUUGAGUCCGUCACCUCAUCCUCGCCUCGGGAGAGUAUUGAGGCGAGAGUGUUUGUAUUUUCAAAGUACUGA